GCCAUACUGUGCUUCACCACUAAUCGGGGUCAGUUAGGCCCCAGGCUUUAUAUGUAUGAAUUCCUCAGACCAACGACACCGAGACUGUUGUUUCCUUGAGCCAUCGUUCACCCUGGAAAGGCCGCCACCGACAGAUUGAUGGAACGGCAGUUCCGAACGCAACAAUGAUGGAAACCUAUCUUUCCCUUGUCAGUCGCUCCGAGCAUGAAGCCGAUGGAUCGUAUAUGUCCUCUCGAGGAGCUCAAGCACUAUCUGUCAGUGUUGUCUUCACCACGCUGGCAACGAUAUUUGUCAGCGCUCGCAUCUAUACUCGAAAAACUCUGAUGAAUCGCAUGGAGCCCAAUGACUGGAUGAUUCUGAUUGCGUUGGUAUUAUCAUUUGUCUUCAUGGCUUUGUUCAUCGUGGAGGCUCUGAAUGGAAUGGGAAUGCGUCAGGCAGACAUUCCGCCGCUUAUCCUCGAGAGACAAAUGAAGGCCUUCUGGCUUACCAUUCCAUUCUACAACGCCGCCUUACUCUGCGCCAAGGCCUCGAUUCUCAUGCAGUACUUCCGUGUAUUCCCCACAAGACGUAUGCGCCGCAUCUGUUGGCUCAUGAUUAGUGUGCUGGCUACUUAUGGAACCUGGGCUGUUUUGAGUGCUUUUCUGAACUGUGUCCCCGUUGCCAAAUUCUGGGAUCCAUCUAUCGCUGGAUUCUGUCUGAGCUCGGAAGGUCUCUGGUUCUCGAACGCAUCGAUGCAUAUUAGCACCGACCUGGUCAUUUUGAUCAUUCCUGUCCCAGCGCUGAUAGCUCUUGAGCUGCCUAAGAAACAGAAGAUCGCGCUGAUCUCGAUCUUCGCAAUAGGUGGAUUUGUAUGUGUCACCAGCAUUUGCCGCUUGGUAGCGUUGAAGAAGAUCGCGGAUUCCUCCGAUCCCACCUACGACAACGUCGGCGCAGCCUCCUGGUCUGCCAUCGAAUGCAACACAGGAAUCAUCUGCGCCUGUCUGCCAACUCUCCGCCCUCUUAUCUCACGGAUCCUGCCCCACCUACUCUCCACCCUAAGCGGCGGUCGCCAGGCCUACGGCACGUCGCCCUUGUCCGGCGAACAAGCGCCAACCUACUGGAACGGCACCGGCGCCACGGUGACAACCACCAUCACCACCCACCUCGACGACCUUGAGUACGCCCACUGCGCCGGCGACGCUGAUCGAUACCUGACCCUGGUUCCUGGCAACGACGUCAACGGCCAGGGUAAACUCAUGGUCCGCGAAACCCACCCGGCCGGUGACCUGAAAGAGGCUUUUACUCGAGAGGAGCAACGAGGAGAUAGGUCGUCGUCGUUGUCACCGCCCAGGGCGGGCAAUCUCUUGGCUUAGUAGUAGGAGAUUGUGUGCUUCUUCAUGGAGGACGAAAGGGGAAGACAACAACAGAUCUAGCACUUCGUCAUGAUGUUUCAAAAUAUAUAGAAAGGGAAUGCUACACCACCCCCGCUAAGCCCUCAGCUCUCU